GUUUUACAUAUAUUCAAAGUAUUUCGAUUUGUUUGAUGAAUCUAUCUAUUCUAUUUAUUUGACAAAUACUUUUUAUUUAUUUACAAAGAAGAACAAAAAAUCCUAUCCAUAACAGAAAUAUUCGUCUCUCUCCCUCACCAGAACAAGAGUUUCACUCAACUACAUAAGCAGGCAGCGAAGAAUGGCGGUGGCCAACGCUUGGGCCCCGGGGAACUCGGCCGUGCCUCUGCGGCAGUUCCGCCGCUCCUCCACCGCUACCCCUGAAACCUUCAGCUCCCUCUUGAGGAAAAAAUCACCACUCAAUUUGCCCGAUAGAUUUCACAUCACAAGAAGAAGGGAUUUCAAUACAUCUAGCCGAUGCAACUGCAAUCUCGAGGACGGCGCCGAUUGUGGCGGCGAUGGUGUGGGUUCCUAUUCUUCGUCCUCGCCUUGUUCAUCGUCAUCGCCGUCUGAGGAUUGGGACUGGAACAGGUGGACCCGCCAUUUUUCUGAGGUCGAGCAGGCUGAGAACUAUGCCUCUGUUCUCAAGUUUCAGUUAGAGGAUGCAAUAGAGAUGGAAGACUUCGGGGAAGCUUCUAAGUUGAAGACGGCCAUUGCAGAGGCUACGUCCAAAGACAGUAUUGCUGAAAUUAUGUCGGAGUUAAAGAGUGCAAUUGACGAAGAGCGUUACCAUGAUGCUUCAAGAUUAUGCCGAAAUACAGGAAGUGGGCUGAUUGGUUGGUGGGUUGGCUAUUCAAAGGACUUGGGUGACGGGAGAUUAGUCCAGAUCACACCCGGAACAGGCAGAUUUAUAGGAAAAUGUUAUAGUCCAAGGCAGUUGAUCACAGCAUCUCCUGGAACUCCACUGUUCGAGAUAUUUGUUGUUCAGGACAACGAAGGAUAUAAAAUGCAGGUCGCAUUUCUAAAAUCGGUCAAAGGAAAUUCAGCAAAUUCGAGCUCCUCGACUGAUAAAUCCACCAAAGGAUCCUCAGUGGUUGAAGACAAAAAUUCAUCCGUAAAAAUCGAUGUCAAGCCAGAAGAAAAUGAAGUGGAGAAACGAGAAGUUGAUUCGGAAGAAAGUUCCGAGGAAGGAAUAAAGAGCGUCAUAAAUUUUCUAAACGAAAAAAUCCCAGAACUUAAGUUCAAAGUGACAAGGAUCGACAUUACAACUGAGGAUACAAGUGAUGAUGAUUUGAAACAGUUUAUUGAAAACGAUAAUGAGAAGGAAACUAGUGAUGAAGUUAACACAGAAGAAGAUAGUGAUAUUGAUAACAGAGAUCGAGCUUCAGCAGAAGAAAAUGGUGACACAAUAGAAAAUGCAAGUGAUUUAGACGUAAAGCUCUACAUUGGAGGUGUGUUGCAUAAUAGAGAAGACAGUCUCGCUAAGGAUGAGUAUGUUCGUGUUCCGGCUGAUAUUGAGAAUGUUGAGAGGGAUUCCUUUGUGUUGCAUAUUCGUGAGGGAUAUCACGAUAAUAAUAAUAAUAAUAAUAAUAAUACUGAAGAAGAUAUUGUGUCGAAAGAUAAGGUGGCUGCACUAGUUUCACAAGGCCUUUCGGAACUUAUGCCUCCUGAAGUUGCCAAUGCAUUUUGGAACUCGGAUAAAGUUUCUCCUAAGCUCUCCAAAGACAUACGUGAACUAGUGAAGCGUGCAGUCAGUCAAGCACAGAAACGAAAUAAACUGUCCGAGUAUACUAAUUUUAGUCGGAUCACUACUUACAAUGGUGAUUUAGAUCCUUUUGAUGGCCUUUAUGUUGGUGCUUUUGGCCCAUAUGGACCUGAGGUCAUACAAUUAAGGCGUAAAUAUGGUAAUUGGAACACACAUAAAGAUGAUAUGUCUUCUGAUGUUGAGUUCUUCGAGUAUGUUGAGGCUGUCAAGCUGACUGGAUAUAUGAAUCUUCCUGCCGGCCAGGUUGCAAGUUACAAAGGCCAAGGAAGAAUUGGGAAGUUCGGGCUUCGAGACUCCAAGUGGGUCGAAGGCGAGCUUCUUCAACUCGAUGGCAGGAGUUUGGGACCAUAUAUCAAUGGUGCGAAUUUGGGUUUUCUUUAUACUGCCCGCAAACAACAAAACGUCCUUGUGCUUUUCCAUCGUCUGAAACUUCCCGAGUGAGUUCUGCUUAAAAAGAUUGCAUCUCUCUCUCUGUCUCUCUCUUUCCUUUUUUUCUUCGGCGGAAUCUUUAAUAUUUUUCUCAGAUUUCGUCUGUUUAACUACGAGAGGCAUUCUGUACACUAAAGUUUUGUAGUUUAUUUGUACUUUAUAUUAAAUAUACGAUCUGGAAAAAUGUAUUAAGAAAUAAGGAACAUGUGCCUAUAAUCUAUAUAGUAUUUGCAGUUGUUGAUUGAUUUGUUAAUCUGGGUAAGUUAUGAACAACAUAGAAAAGGUCCUUUUUUAAAGAAAGUAGGAGACUUUUAAUGCAUGGCUAACUUUUGUUUUUUUUUAUGCCGAUAAAGCAGUAAAAGCCAGC